AUGUUGCAUCUGCUCCUCACUGCUCUCCUGUUUGCCGAGUCCUCCAAAAAUGUCGACUCCAGUCCUUUACGGGAAGCUGAGAAAGCUUCUCCAGAUGACUGGAUCUCCAGGAAGACUUCUUACAUGACGUCUAACCCAGAGACUUUACACGAGCUGAUGUCCGAGAACAAUGCAACAGUGGAGGGAGACAUGGUGUUGCCAAGUGACGGGAACGCAGUGGAAAGCAUCUGGCCAACACUAGAGAUACCGUACGAAAUCAGACCAGAGUUAGAGAGUCAGAAAGACGCCAUCCUCUCUGCUAUGGCGAUGCUGUCCAGACCCACCUGUGUUUCCUUCCACAAGCGAACCUCUGAGACAGACUACCUGCUCUUCGAAGUCAGCACAGGUUGUGGGUCAUAUGUGGGCUUCAUCGGCGGAGAGCAACCCGUCUUCAUCGGCCCAGAGUGCGCCGUGGGAAGCAUCGCCCAUGAGAUUCUUCAUGCUCUGGGCCUCCACCACGAACACACGAGGGCAGACCGCAAAACGUACAUUGCAAUUCUUCCCAAAAACAUUAUGAAAGGGAUGGAGGGAAACUUUGAUGUGCAAGAUCGCCAAACCUUUAAUCUCAGUUACGACUUGAGUUCAAUCAUGCACUACGGAAGUGGGGUUUUUUCAGCCAACGGCCUGCCCACCAUCCUGGCCAAAAAGCGUGUGAAGGACAUGGGACAGAGAGUUAAAUUGACGAACACGGACAUCAUGAAAAUGUCCAUGAAUAGAUGGGGGAUGAAAACGGGCCUCAUGGUGUCGACAGCGGAGGGCAUGAUUCUGCUAACAAACAAAAAAGGAUCACACAUCUUCUUCUUCUGCCUCUCCAUCCGGCUCCCUGCAGCACCCGAACGCCGCCACUAG